UGCUCAUGAGUACGAAAAUUUGAAAGAAAUGGCCGCUGCUGCCUUGGCUUACAAAUGUGCGGAAGUGGCCUAUAUGAAGGUUGCUUACUUCAAGCAUCCCAGUGCUAGCAAAGAUAGACAUGAGCUUCAAGCUGCAUUAGAUGCGGCACUCCCAGGUAUUAUAGGUGAGCCAACUACAUCUACUUCGGAUGUUGAUAAUCCAAAUAAUCAAGAAGUUCUUGAAAAGGCUGCUUCAAGGAGGGCUACUAGGUCUCCUCAACUUGCUUCCAGCUUUGUUAUCGCAGCUCGAAACCGUCCCCAUGUUAAGCGGCUGCUCACUUAUACAAAUUACCUAAAUUGCGCUUUUGAAGCCACAAACAAAUCAAGGAAUGCUCUUGCGGCUGCUAGUAUUGACCUAGACGAAGAUAGGGUCGCAAGUUUGUUCUUGAUCAGAGAAGUUCUCGAUUUUAAUUUCAAUAAUGUGGAAAGGCUUCUACAACUUGUACGGGUUUCGCUGAAUUCUAUCAGCUGUAAAGUGUGAAAUGCGCUAAAUAUGAAUGCCGUUUCUGUGAAUAAACACCGUUUAUAUUGUGUUCCACCAGUGCAAAUAACUUGAAGAAGGAUUGCUAUGGGUUGAUUUUUUUUAUUAUUCUGAUAGUUGAGUUCCUUCAAUAUGUAGGGGGUUCUUGUAAAAAUCUGACGAGGUUUACAGCACGGAUAGCCUUUUAACCUCAUAAAGAGUGUUUCCUCAUUUUAGGAAUUUUUUUUGGAAGAUUUACAUACAUACCACUCGAUUCUUAUGUAUUUACAUAUUUAACACUUAAAUGCCAAUUUUUACCUAUGAGAAAUCUUGCCUAUACUUUAAAAGGUGUAUUUCACUUUUGAAAAGGUAAAAUAGUGAUA